CACAGUAAUCUGUCAUCUUUGAGUUUUUUUAGGAAACAACAAGGCCGGAUGAAUUACUGAAGAAAACUGCAAUUCAUUAAAACAGAUUUUCCUUUUCAUAAAUGAUCAACUUUCGUUUAAGUACAAAGCUAUUCAACACAAAGUUAUUAACUCGCAAUUUAAGUAAAAUGGAAACAAGUUCCGCUGCCAGAGAUCCAAAAGGUUUAGCCUUGAAAAACGUACUAGAAAAAUUGGAGUCUUUUGCUCCUCUUAAGUUUGCCGAAAAAUGGGAUAAUGUUGGUCUUCUCAUAGAACCUUAUCAAAAAAAGGAGGUUAUAAAGAAUAUAUUUCUUACCAAUGAUUUGACUCUUAACGUUAUGGAGGAAGCUAUGGAGAAGAAAGCAGAUUUGAUUAUAUCCUACCACCCACCAAUAUUUGCUCCAUUGAAAAGGAUAUCUCAAAAUAAUUGGAAAGCAAAAAUAAUUUCUAUGUGCCUUGCAGAAGGUAUUUUCGUCUAUUCUCCACACACGUCCUGGGAUUGUGCUCCAAAUGGUGAGAGUAUUAAUUGUUGGCUAUCAAAAGCCUUACAACUGACGGAUAAUGCCAAACCAAUAACAAUUAAUGAUGAGGAAUCAAAAACUGGCCCAGGGUUGGUAUGGAAAUAUCCCGCCUGGAUGAAUUAUAAACUAAGUGAAGUAAUUGAGCAUAUCCAAAAAUAUAUUGAAAAGCCUGUUCAUGUAGCAAUGGGUGUUGGUCAAUCUAUGGAUACUGUAAUAACUGAUGUUGCAUGCUGUGCAGGUUCUGGAGCAUCACUUUUAAAAGAAGUCAAAAAGGUUGAUGUGUACAUUACCGGAGAGAUGUCACACCAUGAAUUAUUAGAUGCUCAACAUCGGAAUGUAACUGUAAUAAUGUGUUUUCACAGCAACACUGAAAGAGGAUUUUUAAAAUAUUUCAAACCUAAGUUAAAUCAAAUGCUUGUCGGCCAAUGUAAUAUAGAAAUCUCUAAAUGUGAUAAAGACCCUCUUGAAACAAUGUACAAAAAUUGAUUGAAACGAAUGAAAAAGUGCAUUUUGAAUGAAUUGAUUACCUUGUUAACUUAUUGUGGUUUUGGAAAUAUAAACUUUUUAAUUAUAAUACCUACACACA